AUGGGGAUUCCGCGUCUUAUAUCUACCCUGGAGCCCUACGUCGUCCAUGGAAUUCUCGACAACGAAAGUAUAGUCAUUGAUGGCCCUGCACUAGCCUAUCAUGUUCUUUAUAUCUGCAACAGACAUGGAAUUCCUCAGCCGUCGUACAACGUUCUUGGUGAGACUACCAUCGCAUGGUUAGACGCCCUCGUCGAUCGUGGUGUCAAUGUCGAGGCCAUAUACUUCGAUGGAUAUCUUCCUCCAGACAAAGAACCAGUUCGUAUGCACAGGAUGGUCAAAAGCCUGGCCCAGUUAAAGAGAACCCAUGCUACUGAAAUUGACGGCUACUUCCCAGCGUAUUUCUCAACCCCUGAUGAAACUCCCCCAGCUCUCUUCUCAACCGCAAGACCCCCAGUGGGAAAGCCGACGAUACCACCCAGUUUUCAUGUGCCUGCUAUAAUCGAUGCCUUGAGACUCUCUCCACGCUACGCAAAAUUUGUGCACCUCGUACCAGGAGAGGCUGACGCAUACUGUGCACAUCAUCUCUUGCAGUCCGGUGGCACAGUUCUAACCUCCGAUUCGGAUCUCAUCGUUCAUGAGUUGGGAAAGGGAAGCGUUGUCUUCCUUCGAGAUAUCUAUCUCGAUGAAACGUCUCAUCUUGCGUGCGCAAGGUUUAGUCCUGAACAUAUCUGCGAGAAACUCAAGCUUGCUUCAUCUGCAGAAAUUUGUCGAUUUGCAUAUGAGCGAAAGUCUUCUCCGCAUUCGACUCUGCCGCAGCUAUUACAGGAUUGCAUAAAGCCAGUUGCAGACCAAACCGGAUAUACUGAGUUUUGUCGUGAGUAUUUGGAUCAUGCCAUUGCUCCCAUACCUGUCUCUGCCCAUGGAACCCCGAUAUCGAUUGACAAUCUGGACCCGAGGAUAUCCGAGCUGGUGCUACAGUUGGCACAAAACGAAGAUCAAAUGAACGAAAUUUCUGAGCUCAAGAUCUUCCUCCCAAUCCUCCUCGAAAAUCCAGAAAAAGGAAGUGCCUGGGAGCAGAGUACACCGAUUCGACAGUUGGCAUACACAAUAGCGCGUUGGAUCAUCCCCGGACCAUCUUUAGCCGUGCAAGAGUAUCGUCGUGUCAACACUACGGUGCAAAAAGGGCGACAAGCUCUCAUGCUAUCAGAAGGAGCGGCAAGAACCUUUGCAGAGGGACUUACCAGGCUGAUGUCAACGAUCAAAACACGGACUCGGGGUGAUACAGCUCUAGCAUGGCAUGUACUUUACUUGACCCUGGAUAUUCGAUAUUGCCAUGAAGAGGGGAAACACUCACAUACGCUGCAUACACUAGAGACGAGCCCACAGAAGCCGCUAUUAAAACGGGUCUCUUGGGAUAUCAUUCACUUCACGGCGCACAUACAAGCAGCCUAUUACUCAUUCCGGCUUUUGAAGCAAGUUUUGUCGCUUGGACAACCCAAAAAGGUCUUGCCAGAGCUGUGGGACAUGCUGUCAACACUACCAUCUCUGGCGGAAUGUCCCGAUAUCAACAGUACGCUUGAGUUGUUGCAAAACAGCAGCGGGACACGAAUUUAUGAAACAAUUGCCAAAUCUGUACCGUUGCCCAGCGUCGAUGUGAGCGAAAAGCCCAAACGGACAGCUAAAAAUAGGAAGAGCAGGGUUGUCAAGGAAAACUCGCCCAAAACAAAAGCAAGAGUCACAAAGUCUGGAACGAGGAACAUGUUCGAUAUUUUGUCAUCAUAG